AUGUCUACCGCGCUCUCAGACAAAGAUAGUGGAUUUGGAAACCAGGGCGUAUACUGGCCCCGUGAUCUUCUGCCCGGUUAUGUUCCAUCGGCCCGUAUUUUAACAUACGGGUACGAUACUCGCAUAAAGCACUGGCUCGGCGGCCCGAAGAUCAAAACUACAAUCUACGACAUCUCGCACGACUUCCUGGUUUCCCUGGAAGCAUAUCGGCGUGAGUCCGACGGAGAAGACCCGCUGAGACCGAUCGUCUUCAUAGCACACAGCCUCGGUGGCAUAGUAGUUAAGGAGUUGCUUCGGCAAAGCAAGGCAUUCGAAGGACAGCAGAUGCAUCUCCACGACGUGUACCAGUCCACACAGGGCAUCGUGUUCUUCGGAACACCUCACGGAGGAGCAGACCCGCGAGGCUUUGUCCACCACGUCGUAGAGAAAGUCCUCAAGUGUAUGGGCUUCUCAGCAAAUGCCAAGAUCGUCGAAUCAUUACUCCCGACGUCAGAACGACUGAAAGAGCUACGGGAUGAAUUUGGGUCUAUGGCAAGACUCCAGAAAUGGAGCGUCCAUUGUUUCCAAGAACAACUUGGCGUUGCAGCCCUUGGAGGACACAAGGUGGUCGAGGAUGUCUCCUCGUGCCUGAAUGACUCAUCCAUCGAAACAACGGAACACAUCGGCCGAAACCAUAUGGACAUGUGUCGUUUCAGCCGAGGAGGUAUUAUUGGUGAUCCCGAAUUUCUUAAGGUUGCCCGCGCAAUCGAAAGAAUUGUGGCUCCAAUCGUAUCUCAGGAUCGCUUGAGAUACAUGGAGGGGUGUAGAGGGAUUUUGUUGAAGUCGCUGGAAUUCCCUCGUAUGGACAGCCGGUAUUUCUCCAUCGAAGAUCCAGAGACAAGGACAUGUCGCUGGCUCCUUGAAACCCCAGAAUACAGAAGCUGGCGCGACCCGAGCAUGCUUGAAGACCAUCACGGGUUUCUUUGGAUUAGAGGGAAGCCCGGUGCCGGGAAGUCUACCCUUGCCAAGUUCGCGGCGGAUCAAGCCAAUAAAGAAGGAGGAAGGAUGAUUGCUAGAUUCUUCUUCAACGCUCGGGGAAACGAUUUGGAGAAAUCCACUGCCGGCAUGUAUCGAUCGCUGCUGCUUCAAAUAAUGGUAGCGGAGCCCAAACUCAUGACGGCUCUCGAUAUUUUAGUACCAAAAUACGAUCGCACUGCCAGGGCGCCCUCUGACUUUGCCAUCUACUGGAACAUUCAAACCCUUAAAACAAUUUUUGAGCGGGCUAUCCUGAGACUCAACGGUCGGAGGCUCGAAUGCUUCAUCGAUGCCCUCGACGAGUGCGACGAAGAUCAGAUUCGUGACAUGGUGCAUUUUCUGGAAGAUAUUGGGCAUGGCACCCGACCUCGCCCUAUUUUCUACGCCUGGUUCACCAGCCGGCAUUACCCGCACAUUUCCCUGCGUCAUGGACUCAGUUUCACCCUGGAGCAUCAGGGAGGCCAUAGUCAGGACAUAGCCACCUACCUCCAGCACCGACUACGGCUGGGACACAGCACCCUUGACGAAGACAUCCGAUCGCAAAUUCUACACAAAGCCUCGGGGGUAUUCAUGUGGGUUGUGUUAGUAGUAUCAAUACUAAACACAGAGUACGACAGAGGCCGGAUACACGCCCUGCAGAGACGUUUAAGCCAGUUGCCAGAAAACCUGCAUACACUGUUCCGUGAUAUUCUCUCGAGAGACAAAUGCAACCAGGACGAAUUAUUGCUCUGCAUGCAGUGGACAUUAUUCUCUUCGAGGCCACUGACUCCCACUGAGGUUUACUUCGCGAUUCUAGCUGGAGUGGAACCUGGCUUGUCGUUUGAAUGGUUUUGGGGUGAUCUUAACGAGCAAAUCAUUGAGAGAUUCAUUUCGGAUUGUUCCAAAGGGCUUGUGGAGAUAACUGGACAGCCUGGGCAUAGGGUGGUACAGUUCAUCCACGAGUCCGUAAGGACAUUCUUUUUGAAUGGCAAUGGAUUUCGCGAAGCGGGCUUGAAUCAAGGCGAGAACUUCGAAGGAUACAGCCACGAACAGCUGAAGCGCUGCUGUGAGCAUGAGGGCUUCACUCCCUUGACUGCAGCGGUGCAGCAGCAGAGGACCGAUUCCCUCGCCGUCCUACUAGACUCAGGGCGUGUCGACGUAAAUCAGCGGGACGCUCUUGGGCGGAUAGCUUUGCGCGAGGCUGCCCGCAUGGGGUAUGUUGCCGCUGUGAACCUCCUUUUAGCACGUGGAGCUUCUGAUGCUCCUUCGACUUCGCCUACAAAUUCCUCUCGCAUGGUUACACUGCAAUAA